AGGAUGAAGCAGGCGGGGCUAACCGUUAGCCCCCGCAAGGUACAGCUGGCAUCGCCUAAGAUCAGCCUUCUCGGCUUCGUGGUGGACGGAGGCACCAUCAGUCCUAGCGAUGACAAGCUAAAGGCGAUCAUGGAGUUUCCGGUUCCGGGUAACGUAAAAGCCUUGCAGCGUUUUCUAGGUAUGGUUGGUUUUCACCGGCAAUUCAUUCCUAAUUGUGCUCAGUUAGCGCAGCCGCUUAACCAGUUGUUGCGCAAAAACACACGCGGGCAUUGGGGAGAACAGCAGGAACAAUCCUUCCGAGCUCUAUCUCAUGCAAUCGCUAAUACGGCCAGGCUAUAUUUGCCCGACCUAAAUAAACCGUUCGUUGUGCAAACAGAUGCUAGCGAUUAUGGUGUUGGCGCAGUUCUCUUGCAGGAACAUGACGCUAUUCUCUGUCCAGUGGCUCUUGCAAGUCGCACGCUGAAUCCGGCAGAACGGAACUAUUCCGUCACGGAAAAGGAGUGCCUGGUGAUCAUCUUCGCUCUCAGGAAGUUUGAUCUCUAGCUGGAUGGCAGCACUUUCACCGUCCAGACUGACCACCAGGCACUCUCAUGGCUGCAGCGGCUCCACAACCCAGCUGGACUUCUCGCCAGGUGGGCCCUGAAGCUACAAGGCUACUCCUUCAACGUGGAGUACAGGCGGGGCUCCACGAACGUGGUAGCGGACGCACUAUCCCGUGCGCCUCUACCGGAGGGGGAAGAGUAGGCACCGAGGCGCCUUCUCAACUCCUGGCAGCAGCACAAGUGGCACGGGACGGACCCUCGUCCUGGGGCACGGGCGUGAGUAGAGAGUAGCUCCUAAACGAUCAGAGAGCGGACGGCCUUUGUCAGCGGUUGUCUCAAUGAUUAGCUGAGCAGGUCUCGGCAGACACCGGAACGUCUGACGGACGGCACGACUCCAUCUGCUGGGCGAGGAUGACAUCCUGUUCAGGUACAUACUCCAGGCGGAUGACGACGACGGUACAUCUCCAUGCAGAGUCGUAGUGCCACGGAAGCUGCGUAAGUCUUUCAUACGUUACUUUCAUGACUGGGCCUUGGCACGUCACAGCAGUGGCAGGAAAAUUUAUGAAAAGUUAUGUCGUGUUGCGACAUGGCCAGGACUGAGGCAGGACGUAACUAAGUAUGUUCGUACUUGUCCGACAUGCCAGAGAGCAAAACCUCAUGGUGGUUUACCCCCUGGGCGCUUACAGCCGGUUCAGAGCAAUAGGCCCUGGAGAUAGUUGCUUGGGAUGUGAUGGGACCUUUUCCUCGUAGUCCUAGAGGUAACCAAUACCUGUUUGUGGUUACUGAUCAUUUCACAAAGUGGGUUGAGCUGUUUCCUCACAGGACGCUGACUUCCCAAAGAGUAUGGGAACGAUGGCUCGACACCUUUUGCCGGUUCGGGUUUCCCGCUCAGCUGAUCACUGGCAACGCAACCUACUUUACAAUCAGCACUACCGUGAUUGGGAUCUUCACCAGACUGAGCUGGCGUUCGCCACACGGACGACGGUCAACAGAUCUACAGGCUUCACCCCGGCGUUCCUGAACUUGGGACGAGAGGCUCCUUUUCCAGUGGAAAAUGCUCUGGACCUCCGGGAUGGCAGUACCCAGUCUCCUUAUUCAAGGUACGCUGAGGACUUCCAGAGCCGACGGGACGUCGCAGCUCGGACUGCUCGGGAGAACUUGGACGUCGCAAGGUUGGACCAGGCUCGCCAGUACAACCGUGGACGACGGAAUCUCACGUACAGCGUCGGUGACCUUGUCCUUCGACGGACUCACCCGCUUAGUGAUGCGCCACGCGGCUUUGCAGCUUCGCUUGCAGAUAGGUGGAACGGCCCCUUCGAGGUAAGUGCGUGCUCCUCCGGCCUCACUUACAGGCUUCGUCGCUGCGACACCGGCGAGGAAACUGGGCCAGUACACGUCUCGGAUCUGAAAGCUUAUCACCUUCGAGACCCCGACGGAGAGGAGACCGAUCAUCAGCCGUCUCCUCCCCAGGACCUGGACCAGGAUUCAGCUUCCGGACCAGCUCCCAGUCGCUACAGUUAGCGUCCCCGCAGGCGGCGCACGUAUAGCUGCCACUAUCCUAGUCGCUAAAUCCUAGUGCUCUUGUAUAGUUGGUCUUUCUUAGUGUGAUUUCUGUUUGGCAGUCUUCAGCUAUAAUCUUCUGGGGGGGGAGCCUUUUCAGGUUCUCACGGUUUGAAAUUGCUUUCUCAUCGGAUUCCCCUUUUCUUCCCUGGCAGACUAC